UCUCGAAGUUUUUCUUCCACCUCCGCGAACAACGGCAUGUCCAAAGCCCAAUACGCUGAGAUGCGUUCGAACCCGGAGGCCUUUCGCGCUUAUUGGGACAAACGAGCUGCGUAUCACAUGAAGUGGCAUGAGGAUGCCACUUGGCGCGAGCACAUGAGACGAUACAAACGAAACUACAACAAAUCAAUGGACAUUGGCCCAGCCUAUAGACUGAGGGCGCUCACAAGACAUUUAUUGAUAUCAUAUCCAUGGUCUCGCGCCGGUCUUCCUUGGAAGCUCUAUCGGCCUGUUGUCACAUCUCAGCCAGUUGAACAUCAUUGCAGCGGAUGUGGGAUCACAAAGCGUACAGGAAUGAAGUUGUGGUGGCACCGAACAUUGGCGGGGUCUGACAUCUUCCUUUGCCACGGCUGUUUAUUCUCCAAAGGGGAAUGGGCCCGCGCAAUGCCAGAAGGUUACGAGGAUGUCAAGACAAUCAAGGGAUUUGUAGCGCGCAAGAAACAACUU